UUGAGACUUGAGUUGAAAACAAGUUGUUGCAUUGCCAGUCGGUUCAGUUUAUUAUGCGAAUGAUUUCUAGUAGAAAGUGGGGAUAAGUUGUCUCUCAAAUUAGUAAUGGACGAUGAUUGCCAGUAGUUUAUUUACUUCAGAGUUUGCCGGACAUCAGUAGACCUAGUGAAGUUGUAUCUGCUAAAUGUAAAUUUGUGUUGUGUCGUGUGACUUGGUUGCGCUUUCAAUAUGUUGUUAAAAUACUCACAAACUCAGAAACGUGCAAAAUUGUCAGCUAGUGGGAAGCCACAAAGAGUGACCGGCAUGAAGCUGGCGUCGAAUGUGAAUAUGGGUCCAAGAGUGCACCGAAAAAUGAUGAAGAAUAUCACCAACAGAAAACUGAACAACACACAUCACAGGGCCGUAAUAGGCUUGAAACGGGAGUUGAAGAGCAGUGUAACGCCUGUAGAUCCGUGUGACAAUUCGAAUGACUCCGGUUUGGGAUUCGAUCAUCACUCUGACUAUCCCAUCCAGCAUCGCAAUCGCCCAUCAACCAGGUUCCCCACGAGAGAGAAAACCUGCUGUUCAGAAGAUGCACCGCGCUUCAAGAAACACCGAAUGGAUUUUAAAGUGGAGUCUGAUGAAGAUGCCAAUGACUAUUUCUCGUUUUACGAAACCGUUCAGCAGAAAUCGCAGAGCAUCCAUAAUUUCCCACGUUGUGUGCCAUCCAGCCGUGCCGACGGUCUACAGAGCCCGCCCUUGACAGCCCAACUGAGUGCAGUGAGCAGUGACGGCCGAGUGUCGCUGGACAUAGUUAGUGAGCCUGAGUGGCAACACAGAGCUCGCUACCAGACUGAGGGAAGUCGUGGGGCCGUCAAGGACCGGACUGGUACAUCGUUCCCUGUUGUCAGGUUAAGCGGCUACAACAAGCCAGCCAUGCUUCAGGUGUUCAUAGGGACAGACGAGGGUGAGGUGGCACCACACAUGUUCUACCAGGCGUGUCGGGUGGCCGGCAAGAACUCCACCCCCUCCCUGGAGACCACCAUCGACCGUACCAUUGUCAUUCAGAUGGACAUACAUCCCGUCAACAACAUGGUCACUGUAUGUGACUGCGUGGGAAUUCUGAAAGAAAGAAACGUGGACGUUGAACACCGUUUUCCUGAUGGAAGUCCCCCCACCAAGAACAGUCGCAAGAAGUCCACGUCAGUCCGCAUGGUCUUCCGAACCACCAUCAGGCUACCGGACGGAUCCUACGAGACGCUUCAGACCACCUCCGACACCAUCGCUUGCACACAACCACAAGGGGUGCCCGAGGUGUCGCUGAUGUCAUGGACUUCCUCCCCUGCAACCGGAGGGGUUGAUCUCUUCAUUAUUGGCAAGAAUUUUGUCAAAGACACCAAAGUUGUCUUCCAGGAGGGCGAAUCCUGGAAAGUGUCCGUACAACCCAACAAAGAUUUCCUACAUCAGAGUCACCUAGUGUGCAAAGUACCGCCGUACGCACGCACCAACAUAACCGCGCCUGUUCGCGUGCGUGUGUCGGUCGAGUCGUGCGGCAAGAGCAGCGAGCCGCAAUCGUUUGCGUACACGCCUGUGCUCGGCUAUCUGCCCGCCAGUCCCCUCGACUCCGCCGCCGCCUCCUCCUCCUCCUCCUCCUCAUCGACUUCAUCCACAUCAGCUGCGCCAGAAGUGGCCCUUAUGGAGGCGAGAAGUACCGGUACUAGCUCGAAUUUUCAGCAAAACCAAAGAGAAUUUCAUCCAGUGAUGUUUUGGUCGUCGAUGCCAUUUGCGAAUGCAUUGGAUCCAGCAGCAGCCACAUUGAGCCAUGCCGACCUUCCAAAAUGUGUCUGCCACAAGGAGUGCAUUCAGAUGCAGCUGAUGCAGUCCGCUGCACUUGCUGCUGCACCGCAACCGGUUGCAGCCGAAAGCCACUCUGUGGUCAAGAAAGAAGAAAUGCCUGCAGCAGAGUUGCCUGCAUCGAAAAUGUCCGGAGCAGGCAUUGUGGCCGAAUUGUCCACCACCCAACAACCCUCUCUGGCCACCAUCCGCCAGUUUGUCUCCAAUCAGACCAGCGAACAUCCCCUGCCAUCCAUCAAUGUCGAGAACUACCUGUCCCGUCUGGAGAACCCUCCCUCGACCCCAUUUUUGGUGCCCAAACAAGAGCAGCAGCCAACUGCCAUGGAAAUCAGUGCUGCAUCAGCUCCAAUUGACUUGAGCAACCAGCUGGAAGCCAUCAAAACUGAACCAUCAUUUGGACUGAUGUCCUCUGCAAACACCCUAGGUGGGAAACGCAGGUUCUCCGAUGAUGACACAGAUGGCAGCAGCAUGAAGAUGCCCUGUCUGGCUUUCCCCAACCAAACCACCACUGAUGCCAUGAUGGUUGCAUCCUCAACCUCCAAUAGCCUACUGAUGCCCCAACCCCUAGUAGAUCUUGUGGGAACAUCCCUGGCACCCACUGAAGCCACAGAGAGGUUGGAUGAUCUGGUCAAUUCAGCCGCUGAGAAGCACAUGUCGAGUUCCUCCUCUGCAUCCUCACCCAUCAUGUCACCCAUUGAGAAGCAACAACCUUCCCCCCUUCUGUCCUCCCCCAACAAUACGUCACCCCUGAAUUUGCUACCAGCACCCUUGGAGGAACUCAACACCGCUCACAGCAUGAUGAUGGCCGCAUCUCAGCCUGCUUCAGGGAUGCUUGUAGGAUUGGUUCAGUCACCCAUUGAGAAACCCUACUCAUCAACACUUCUAAAUUUGCUGCCAGAAAGCAAAGAGCCUGCAGGACUCAAUGGACAGCAAUUGGUAUCAUCUCCCAUUGAGAAAUCUUACCCAUCAACACUCCUCCAAAACUUACUUCCACCAGAAAACAAAGAGUCUGCUGGACUCAAUUCAUCACCCAUUGGAAAACCUUACCCAUCAACACUCCUUCAAAACCUACUUCCACCAGAAAACAAAGAAUCAGCAAAGCCAGACGGUCAUUUGGGAGGUUUGAUUCAGGACAUCAACAGAUUACCAGGGGGUGAUUGUACCUCCAUGGUACCAUCUUACAGCAGUGUACCUGUACCUGUUUCAAGCCUGUUACAAGGUGAGACGCUGCUUCCCCUGACCAUCCCCAAUGCUGCCGACAACAUUCUGCCUUUGACCAAAGUGGCCCAACCGGUCCCCCUUCUCCCAAUGGUGGCCUCCCCUGAACAAACGGUGCCUGUUCUGCCGCCAAUUCUGUCCACCAAUCAGGCCGAAUCAGCUGUUGUAAAAAGGCCCGACGUUGCAAAUCCGCUGAACGGGGGUGGCAUCCAGGAGCUGACUCAAAUGUCCGAGAACGAUCUGCUCAGCUACAUUAAUCCCAGCUGUUUUGAUCAAGUUAAUUAUUGAAAAGAAGACCUCGACGUCUUCAUUGUUGACUAGUCAAUCACAAUUGACUGAACAAAACACCGAGUGUUGAACACUACUGAAGUUGUGUAUCAACUACUGAAGUUGUGUAUCAACUACUGAAGUUGUGUAUCAACUACUGAAUUUGUGUAUCAACUACUGAACUUGUGUAUCAACUACUGAAUUUGUGUAUCAACUACUGAAUUUGUGUACCAACUACUGAACUUGUGUAUCAACUUCUGAACAACUGUAUCACCAUACAAUGAACAAGUGCAUCAUUUGUUCCACAUAUUUUCAUGUAUAUUAUCAUCAAGUCAUGAACACUCAUGUCAGCGUUCAUCAGUUGUGCAUCACUAUUAUUUCAGUGCAAACGUUUUUGAAAGUCUGCUGAUUUUUGACUGAGUUUAAACAAAAGACUGAUAUUUUAUUUACAGUAAUAUAAUCAGUGACUCAUGUUGUACAAAUUUUAUACAGCAGUAGAAUUAGACCUGUCGACUUUUAUUAUAGUUGUCAUAGAUGAGAGAGUAUUGUGCUGUAGUAAGCUAUUUUUCAUUGAUAGAUCUUGCUAUAAAAUUGUACAUAAAAUUGUAUUAACUUAGAUAAGUGUAGGCUAGAGACCUAUACCUUUAUAAUUAUUGUUAAAUUUCUUGUAAAUAAUGUACUAUUAAAAAUUUGUAGUCUAUUAAUGUUGGUUAGUGUGUGUAGUUUAAUAUCAUAAUAUUAUAUAUCAUAUAAAGUCAAAUUAUUUGAAGUUACAACGCAUAAAAUGAAAUUAUAUUAGAAUAACAGGUACUUGUUUUGAGAAUUGACAAACUAACCGUUUAGUUUCUACUUGCAUUGGACAGAGAAAUUUAUUAAAAUGUUAUUGACUUAUAAACUGAGUGUUUUUUUAACUGAGCUUGAAUAAUAGUUGUUUAUUAUACCUAUAUAAAACGUGUUGAAUAGAAAUUGAUAUUGUGGAAUUUCCCCAUUAUUGAAAAUACACAGUUUUUUUGUCACAUCCACAUUAAUUUAUAAGAUUAGACCUGCAAUUGAAAUAGUACAAAUCUAAUAAAUGUGUACGUGACAAAAAUAUAACUGUGUUUUUUCAAUACAGUAAUAUAAUUUAACAAUUAUUCUCAAUUAGGUAUUAUAAAAAUAGUUAUUACAUUUGUUAAAGGUUCUUUCAAACGUGUUAAACAUAUUUGAAUUUCAACUAUUUUUCAAUUUUAUCUUUCUUAGGACUAUGUGAGUAUUCACCACCCAUGAGAGAACAAGAGAUUAAGGUUGUUAUUAAUAAAAGCUUCUAUGAAUUGA